GUAGUGAUCCCGACUCUUCCUCGAGGGAGGACACUAAUUUUCAACUGCGUAUCUACAUGGGGUGACAAAGACUUCGUUGGUCUCGCCGGAAUCGAAAUCUUUGAUGGACGUGGAUUUCCCGUGGUCUUGAAAGAUCGAAACCGGCAGGUCACGGCGGACCCUCACUCCAUCAAUGUAUUGGACGAGUACGAUCAUGAUCCGCGCACACCGGAAAAGCUUUUUGACCAGGUCAACCUGACCCGGGAUGAUCUUCACGUCUGGCUUGCACCCUUCUUCAAUGGCCGUGUGCACACUGUCACCGUCGACUUGGAUUGCCAGACCGAGAUCAGUAUGAUAAGAGUCUGGAAUUACAACAAGUCACGUCUGCACUCAAGCAGGGGCGUAAGGGACCUGGAAAUCCUGCUGGAUGGCAGCCCAAUCUUCAUUGGUGAGGUCAGAAGAGCUCCCGGUGUUCUGACCAAGCCUGAAGAGGCAUGCGAACUCAUCUUGUUCACGCAGGAUGAGUCUGUUCUGGAGGCAGUGGCUGAACAUGAUUGGCUGCCAGCUCAUCUGCCUUUUGACUCUGAUGAGGAGCUGCAGGAAGAAGCCCCGGAGGAAAGGAACUCAGAUGCUUUGGGGGGAAGACCACCGACAGCUGAUUGUGCCAGCGCAGGACAUGGAAUUUCACCUCGUGGACAGGUGACUCCACGCCUGUCCGAUGGUCGGCCAAUGACGCGAGCCCUUGAGCGACAAAGGGGACGUGGAAUAGUAUGCAGCACGGUCACGCUUUUGGUGAACUCAACCUGGGGAGAUCAGUUCUAUGUGGGACUGACUGCAUUGGAGGUACUUGAUGGCAAUCUUGCUCCCAUGGUGCGUGAUGAGGUCAAGCUGGAUGCCUACCCCAGAGACUUGAACGACCUGGAGGGCGUGGAGGGGGACGUCCGAACGCUUCCGAACCUUUUCGAUGGGGUCUGCUGCACAAUGGAUGACCAGCACAUGUGGCUGGCACCCUUUCUCAAGGCCGAGGCUGCAGAGGCGGCUGGGAACAUCAGCGAUCGCAACUACCUCCGCAUUCUCUUUGACACGGACCGUGAGGUUGCCGGAUUCAACAUCUGGAACUACAACAAGAAUCCGGAGGACACUUGCAGGGGUGUUCGGGAAUUCUCUGUGUACUGCGAUGACAGGUUCAUUGCAACCUUCCUGUGCCGCAAAGCUCCUGGUCAUGUGCACUUCGACUUCAAGCAGGUUGUUCUCCUUGAUCAGCCGCCUUCCGACCUGGCAAGACGAGCGCCUCCUCGUUUGCCAUCGCGUUCGGCAAGCAGGAGCCGGAGCAAGGGCAUGGGAAGGAUUCAAACUUUAGCGGAAUUCAGCGGGUUUUCAGGCGGCGCGAUGAGAAUCGCCCGACAAGUCGCGGUCGACCGCCAAGCGGAUCGGAAAGGCGUCGAGUACUUCGUGUUACUGAUGUGA